AUGAGGUUCUUUUCAACAUCAAAACACAUCAAAUUGUAUGUAUUCUUUGGUUUAUGUCUUCUAUUAUUCGUUCAUAACGCCAUGGCUAUGGCUCCGGGCAAAGUGGGCAGUGGUGACAAUCAAGUAAAAGAAGCUCCAGAUACGUUAUGGGGAUCUUUUGUGCUUUUGUUAAGUAGUAUUUUUGGAUUUGCCGGUGUAUUGUAUCAAGCACUUUAUGUAACAUCUAUGUUGUACUCACCAACACCAAUGCAUAUUGGGUUAAGUAUAGGUGUAUGCCUGCUAUCAGUUGUAGGAUUGUAUUCUUUGGUUAAAAGCGAAAUGCCGCGGGCUUGGACUGAGAUCAAAGCUGUCUUAGGAUACAACAAGUCUAAACUAGAGCGUGAGAAACUUUCAGCCGCGGCUAACGUUCAACAAAGCUACAUUCAAUCACUUAAUCGUAUUGAGAAGGGACAAAAGACCAACAUAACCCAAGAAGGAUGGACCAAAUUCGUUAUAUCGACUAUUUCUAAGAUAAUUGCGUUUAUGAUGAUGACAGUUAUUAUCGUAAGUGUUUUAAGAACGGCUUUUUAUUUCUUUGGGCUUGGGGCGAAUGUAGCUGAUUACAUGAAUUGGUUCUCAGUUAAAGACAUGAUGUUUCCAACUGCAGAUGGAACCCUGGUUGGCUUGCUUAUCCCUGCCGGUACAGUUUCGUAUAUUGGUGUUUUGAAGAUUAUUAACCUGGUGGCAAGUGGCCCAAUCUUUAUUAUGGGGUUGGGAAUUAUUACCACCUUUGCUGAGUUGUUUAAAAACUACUAUAAGGUCGAUAAGAGUUUAGAGAUUAACAAGGUCGAAAAUUUGAAACAUGCCAAUCGAACUGUGGCAGCCAUGAUGUUGUUCCGUUGUUUGAUAUACGGUCUGGUUUGGGCAACUGGUCUAAACGUUUUGAUUUUCUUUGUUGAUCCACUCUUUAACUAUAUUAGAAAUAGUUCUCUGGUAGAUACUCUUCUUGAUUGGAUUAAACCGCCCGGUACACUUCUAGACUAUGAAAAAGACAUAUACACGGACAUUGAUUAUACGAAGCAGAAGCGAAUUCAAAAGGUGCUGACUAUCACUAGUAUCUUACUAUUGGUUCUCUUUUCCGUCUUUGUAGUUCAACAGACAAUUCAAAAGGGAAUAGAGUACAACUGGUACGAUCGAUUGAAACUUGACCAAGAAUCGCGAGCCGCUACAGUUCUGGGAAUUUUCUCGGCUAUAUUCUCGCCCUUGGGCUACGUGACGGGGGCUGUGAAGUAG